AUGGCCGCCGCAGGAGGCUUCGGACACACUGUGCUGGUCCGGAGCGACGGCGCGCCCGUCGCCUGCGGUGCCAAUCUGUUCGGGCAGUGCGACCUGCCAGCGCUGGCCUCGGGUCAGACCUGCUUGCAGGUCGAUGCGGGUAGCCGCCACACAGUGCUGCUUAGGAGCGACCGCGUGGCCGUCGCAUGCGGCCACAAUGGGGAAGGGCAGUGCUACCUGUUGGCGCAGCCGUUGGCGGCAGGUCAGACCUACACGCAGGUCGCCGCGGGAGGCCGCCACACGGUUCUCCUCAGGAGCGACGGCGUGGCCAUCGCAUGCGGUCACAAAAGGGAAGGGCAGUGCUACUUGCCAGCUCUGGCUGCGGGUCAGACCUACAUUCAAGUCGCUGCAGGAGGCCGACAUACAGUUUUGCUCAGGAGCGAUGGCGUAGCAGUUGCCUGCGGCCACAAUCGGGAAGGACAGUGUUGCCUGCCAGCGCAGCCAUUGGCAGCAGGUCAGACCUACACGCAGGUCGACGCAGGUGAUUCCCAUACAGUUCUGCUCAGGAGCGACGGCGUGGCAUUCGCCUGCGGUCACAAUAGGCAAGGGCAGUGUGGCCUGCCGGCGCUUGCUGCGGGCCAGACCUACGUGCAGAUCGCCGCGGGAGGCCGCCAUACAGUUCUACUCAGGAGUGAUGGCGUGGUUCUCGCCUGCGGCCACAAUACGGAAGGGCAAUGCUGCCUGCCGGCGCGGCCGAUGAUGGCCGAUCAAGUUUACACGUACGUCUCAGCGGGGGAUUCACACACAAUCCUGCUCAGGAGCGACGGUGUGGCCAUCGCUUGCGGUCACAAUGGUAAAGGGCAGUGCAGCCUGCCUCCGCUGGCUGCUGGUCAGACCUACACGCACGUCGCUGCCGGACAUUCUCACACAGUCUUGCUCAGGAGCGACGGUAUUGCCGUUGCUUGCGGCGCCAAUGGGGACGGGCAGUGUGACUUUCCAGCGCUGGCUGCGGGCCACACUUACGUGCAGGUCGCCGCGGGAGAUUUCCACACAGUCCUGCUCAGGAGCGACGGCGUGGCCGUCGCCUGCGGUGCGAAUGAGGACGGGCAGUCCUGGCCGCUGGCCACGGGCCAGACCUACACGCAGGUCGCCGCGGGAGACUCUCACACGGUCCUGCUCAGGAGCGACGGCACGGCAGCUGCUUGCGGCCACAAUAGGCAAGGGCAGUGCAGCAUGCCUUCGUUGGCUGCUGGUCAGACCUACACGCAUGUCGCCGCGGGAAGUUUUCACACUGUUCUGCUCAGGAACGACGGCGUGGCCGUCGCCUGUGGUGCCAAUGUCUUCGGGCAGUGCCGCCUGCCGGCGCUGGCUGCGGGUCAGGUCUACACGCAGGUCGCCGCUGGCGGCCGCCACACAGUCCUGCUCAGGAGCGACGGCGCGGCCGCCUACAAGCAGGUCGCCGCGGGCUUCUCCCACACGGUCCUCCUCAGGAGCGACGGCGUGGCCGUCGCCUGCGGUGCCAACGGGGACGGACAGUGCGACCUGCCAGCGCUGACCGGGUUGACCUUCGGCUUGCCGCCGCUGCUCCUGCAGGCGUCGCUUGAGGGCGGCUCCGUGCGCUUCGUGACCUUCGGCGGGGCGGAGCGCUGCCGGGUCGGGGCGGCGCCCUCCGCUCGGCUCGCCAGCGUGCGCGACGAGCUGUUGGCCAGCCAUCGUGCAGGCAGGCUGGGGCCCGGGUUCGGUGGGGUCGACGCCGUCCUGCCAGGCGGAGGGCUCCUGAGCCACGCCUCCGCCGAGGAGACCGUCGCGGGCGCCUUCGCGAUCCCCGCCCGCGCGCAGCCGGACGCAGGGCACCGGCCGCCUGGCAGGAGCCGCGCGGGCCCUCGCCGUCCUCACCCACCUGGCCAUCUUCCCGCGCGUGGCGCGCAGCCCCACGUGGCGGGCGGCGGUCGCCGGGCAGGCCGUGCUGGUGCUGUGGCGUGCGCUCGGCUGCGCGCCAGCCACCGAGGCACAGCAGCUGCUGGUGGAGCCCCUGAGGACGGGUCAGCCAGCUCGGCGCGUCGCUGGGGCGCCGCCUGGACGACCUGCUGGGGCCGCCGCCCGCCCCCGGGCCCCGCCAGGUUUCGGUCAUCGGCGCGGCGGCAGUGGCGGCCGGCCGCCGACCAGAGAUUGCGUCGGCCCUGCAGGCCCUCAGCUCAGCCCUCACGGCCGACCCCAAGGACCGAGCCUCGGACAAGCGCAAGGAGUUUGAGCUGCUCCGGCACCUCUCCAACAACGCGUACCCCUGGGACGCCGAGAAGGUGCUAA